CUUCUCUCUCUCACUGCUUCGAUUUCCCUCUGCUGCUCUUGAUCGCCUGCUUCUUCUUCUUCUUCUUCAGACUUCGUCAUGACAAUGUACAUUUCGGAGUUUUGAGUUAGAUGGAGAAGUUUAUUGUUACAUUCGAUAUAAAUUGCGAAGAAGGGUGGUUGUGAACUGUGAUUGUUUUGGUUUGGUUUUCGCCUUUUUGGAUUUGCCCACAUGGAGGAGGAUGAGGAGGAGACAUUUUUUGUUGGUCAGGAGUUCCCUGAUGUCAAGGUCUUUAGGAAUGCGAUUAAAGAAGCAGCAAUUGCACAGCACUUUGAGCUUCGUAUAAUAAAGAGUGAUCUUAUCCGCUACUUUGCCAAGUGUGCUGCUGAGGCUUGUCCUUGGCGCAUUCGUGCUGUGAAGCUUCCUAAUGCCCCGACAUUUGCGAUAAGAAGUCUGGAAGGGAAGCACACUUGUGGUAGAAAUGCACUCAAUGGGCACCAUCAGGCGUCUAUUGAUUGGAUAGUCAGUUUUAUUGAGCAACGUCUGCGGGAUAACAUUAAUUACAAGCCAAAGGAUAUAUUGCAUGAUAUCCAUCAGCAAUAUGGGAUUACCAUACCAUAUAAGCAGGCUUGGCGUGCAAAGGAACGGGGACUUGCUGCGAUAUAUGGAUCUUCCGAGGAAGGGUAUUGCCUUCUUCCUUUGUACUGUGAUGAAAUAAAGAAGACCAACCGUGGUAGCAUUGCUGAGGUGUUUACUACUGGUCCAGAUCACCGGUUCCAGCGAUUAUUUGUUUCCUUUUAUUCAUCCAUUUAUGGAUUUCUGAAUGGUUGUUUGCCCGUUAUUGGGCUUGGUGGAAUCCAUCUUAAGAGCAAAUAUCUGGGUACUUUACUUUCUGCAACUUCUUUCGAUGCUGAGGGGGCUUUAUUUCCACUUGCAUUCGGUGUUGUUGAUGAAGAAAAUGAUGAGAGCUGGAUGUGGUUCUUGUCAGAGUUGCACAAGGCACUAGAGAUGAACACCCCAGAUAUGCCACAGUUCACAUUUAUAUCGGAGACACAGAAGGGCAUUGCAGAUGCAGUGAGAAGGAAAUUCCCACAUUCUGUACAUGAUAUUUGCAUUCGCCACUUGAGUGAAAGCAUUGGAAAAGAAUUCAAGAACCCAAGGCUCGUACAUCUGUUAUGGAAAGCUGCACAAGCCACUACUACCAUUGGUUUCAAAGAAAAAAUGGCUGAAAUAGAGGAGGUAUCUUUGGAUGCUGCAAAAUGGCUACAACAAUUUCAUCCUUCCCGCUGGGCAUUCAUGUAUUUUGAAGGAACUCGUUAUGGUCAUUUCUCAUCAAAUAUUGAGGAGUUCAAUAAAUGGAUUCUGGAAGCUCGUGAACUGCCUGUAAUUCAGGUGAUUGAGAGGAUUCAUGGUAAAUUGAUGACAGAGUUUGAAGAACGGCGGAAGCAAAGUAAUUCUUGGUUUUCCUUCCUUGCUCCAUCUGCUGAGAACUAUAUUUUAGAAGCCAUCAGCCGUGCAUCCACAUAUCAGGUCCUUCGAUCAGAUCAAGUUGAAUUUGAGAUCCUCUCAGCUGAUCGAUCAGACAUUGUGAAUAUUGGAACCCGUUGUUGUUCCUGCCGCGAUUGGCAGCUAUAUGGUUUACCAUGUUCCCAUGCUGUUGCUGCCCUCAUCUCAUGUCGGAAAGAUGUAUAUGCCUUUACAGAGAGAUGUUUUACUGCAGCAAGUUACCGUGAGACGUAUGCUGGAGCGAUAAAUCCUAUUGAAGCAAAACCUCGAUGGGUAAAGACAGAAGAGGCUGCAAUGACUGAUGAUGAUGAUACUCGAGUUUUUGUACGACCCCCAAAGAUUCGUAGACUGCCAGGGCGCCCCGAAAAGAAACGGAUUUGUGUAGAGGACAUUAAUCCAGGCAAACAUACUGUACGUUGCAGUCUGUGUAACCAAACUGGACAUUAUAAGACAACCUGCAAAGAGAGAUUGUGAAGAGCAGUGAACAGAUCUAAGUGCCUAACUUCGUAUUCUAGAGAUGGCCGCAGUUUGUACUGUUACUUUAGUGUAUAAUACUGUUCCUGCAAUUAUGCCAAACUAGU